GCGCCUGGAACGCGCGCAGCUCGGGUCUGGGAGCGCUCCCUUCACUGGGGCCAUGGAGGCACCGGGAUCCGCGGCGCCCGCAGUCUCCAGGAGCCGGGCCAGGCGCCCUCGGGGGGUCCCCGGGCCAGCCCCAAGUGCCACGCCUCGGCUCGGGGUCCGCCAGAUCCCCAGGCUUGUAAUCGUUCAGGCGGUCGUCCUGCUGCUGCUACUGCUGAGCCUCACUAAUCUAGUGACAGCUGCCACACUUCCUGAUCAACCAGCUGCUACACAGGGGCAGAGCCCCCCACAAAUCACUUGUUUACCAGGCCAGUACCUCUUCAGAUACGGAACGUGUAAGCCAUGCAUAGAUGGUAAGAGUUACACCAACCAGCGUAAUAUGAAGGCAUGCAUACCGUGCAGCAUCUGUCCCGAAGAUACCUACCAGAAUGUGUCGUGCACCACAACCCGAGACACAGUGUGCAUCUGCAAAGCAGGCACGUUCCGGGAGCAAGAUUCUCCUGAGUUCUGCCGGAUCUGCACUGAGUGCACCGACAAGGAGAUUGAAGCGUCUCCCUGUACUCCGGGGAGUGACCGCAAGUGUGUUUCUCCUGAAUCAAAUGCCAAUGUCACUGAGGACUCCUUAGCUCCUGAAAACUCAGACAUCAUCUACCCCAUUAUUCUAGUUGUAGUCCUAGUGGCUGUUGCUGGUCUCUGCUUCAUUGCCUAUAAGCUGUAUAAAAUGAAGAGAACACUCUGUUUAAGGAUACUUGGGCAGGCCAGCCUCCUACGGAAGAGGAACCUCAAUGAUGAUGAUCCCCAAGUGAUCAACUCUCAAACACAGGACACAGGAGAUGGCCUGGCUCAAAGGUUGCUGUAGUGCUUCAACCAAAAUGUAUUCGUGAGCACCUGGCAGUGUGGCUUGGAGGAGCGGGGCGAGAGGGAUGCCCAGGACACAACUGAGAACCACAUGGGCUCCGGGAAUUUCAUCCAUCAAGGGGAGAUAGAUGGCCAACUGCUCUGAGUGAAAGAACACCUCAAGGGGACUUUGUGCCUCUUUGUCAUAUAUGUAUAUGUAUAUAUUGGUUUUUCGAGGUAGGGUCUCACUGUAGCCCAGGCUGACCUGGAAUUCACUAUUUAUUCUCAGGGUGGCCUUGCACUCAUGGCGAUCCUCCUACCUCCGCCUCUGCAGUGCUGGGAUUAAAGUCCUGUGCCACCACGCCUGCCUUUUUUCUUUGUCAUAUUUUAAGAGGCAUCAUCUUAGUAUAUGUGUAGUUACUUGUA